GUCUAAUCUCUUGAAACAUUUUGGGUUUCAUACUUCACUAGUUAGCAUUCUAUAUAGUUUGUGCUUCACUAAUAAAUGCAAUAUGUGUAAUGCAACUUGUAGAACCUGUUCCAGAAAAAAUAUCUCCAAAUGAUGGACUUCCAAAUACAAUUUGUUUGAAGUGUGAUAAAAAGAUGAAAGCUUGCAUUGAAUUUCUUACACUGUGUGUGAAAUCAGAUGCAUUUUUAAGAUUUUCUCAAAAUGAAAAUUGUGUGAGUGAAGAUGGAGAAUAUAAUGAUCGGACAGACAAUGUAGUGGAAGUUAAACAAGAAUGUAACACUAUAUCUAGCAAGAAUAACGAAAAUAUUAAUUUAGGAACAAAUCAGACUGGCAAAAAAUUUACUAAACUUCAAUGUUCCACUUGUGGUAAAGUUAUGUCUUCUAGCUUUCGCUUAAAAACUCAUUUGGCGACACAUUCACAGGACAAGGCAUUUUCUUGCCAGUUUUGUGAAAAGAGAUUCAGUAUUCAACAGAAUUUAAAAGUUCAUUUGAGAACACACAUGGGUCAGAAACCACAUGUAUGUUCAAUAUGUGGGAAAACAUUUGCUCAAUCAUCAGGUCUUACAGUUCAUAAACGUAAACACUCUGGUUCACUGCCUUACAAAUGUAACAUUUGCCCACGCAGCUUCCGUACUAUUGGUCAUUUAACAUAUCAUAUUCGAACCCACACUGGCGAAAAAUCAUAUGAAUGCAGUACCUGCGGACAUUCCUUUAUCACCAAAUCAGAUUUGAAAGUGCAUUUAAUGACACAUACUGGUGACAAACCACAUAUAUGUUCAGUUUGUGGUAUGCAAUUUUCACGUGCUGCAAACUUAAGGAGACAUAUAAAACACACACACAAAUCUGAAUCAUACCCAUGUAUCCAGUGCAAAUCAGAGUUUACAUCAAAACAAGGCUUGGAGAAGCAUGUUUGUGAUAUUAUAUGCAAAUAA